UAUAUCUUUCACUGUGAGCGUCGGUAGAACUUCACACCAUAAGUUUCAAACGCAGUAUGACAGCGUCAACUUUGGUCACUGUAUUAUAGACUCGCCCAAUUGCUGAGCUCGACGCUCAUUGGCCAGUCGGUAAGUGGUGGGGAUACGCAUAGGAGAGAGGAUAAAUACCCCUUGAAUCUUAGCUAUUGCAUCAGUUCUACGGAAUAUUUCUUAAAGAGGGUUUGGAUUGAAUUUCGUUGGUGAAAAUGACUGGCCGUGGUAAGGGAGGAAAAGGUUUGGGAAAGGGAGGAGCGAAGCGUCACAGGAAAGUUCUUCGUGACAACAUCCAGGGAAUCACGAAGCCUGCCAUUCGCCGUUUGGCUCGCCGAGGCGGUGUUAAACGUAUCUCUGGCCUGAUUUACGAAGAGACCCGUGGUGUUCUUAAAGUCUUUCUGGAAAAUGUCAUCCGUGAUGCAGUUACGUACACCGAGCAUGCCAAGAGAAAAACCGUCACUGCCAUGGACGUGGUCUAUGCGCUGAAACGUCAAGGACGCACUCUCUAUGGCUUUGGUGGUUAAUUUGUUUCUCCUGUUCUCAACUACUCUUCGUACACAAGGGCCCUUUUGAGGGCCGCCAACUUUUUCAAUAUGUGAAUGGAACAAACCGUUUUAUCAUAAUAGUUUAAUUAUAAUUUAAUUUUAAUUCUUCACCUCUUCUACGAAUCAAGAUUUAAAUUAUAUUAUGGUUUCCGUUCAUGUAAUAAUACACCUAAUACCUAUGUAAUUAUUCUUGCAACAGUGUUUUUAAUAACUUCCAUGUUUUAUAUGUUCGUCUGUUAACCGUCCGGUCAAUAACCAAACUCACCAUUCGUUCAAUGACCGGGUACCCACUUACUGCGCGCCACUUGGCUUAGCGGUUCCAGUUAACCUUGUGGAAUAUAAAAUAACAAUAGCGAAACCGAACAAUCAUUGGGUACCUGGGUACCCCGUUAUUACUCCGUGCCAGUUGGCUAUCCGGUUGCAGUUAACUUUGUGGGGUAUAAAAUAGCAAUAGCGAAACCCAACGAUCGUCAGUCGUAAGGUAGUUUUGGAACCGAGCAGAUGCUAAAGCAAGUUUUCUGUGAAGUGUAAUAGAGAGAACAAAACUAUAAACUACAACAUUUCUUGUGACGGUGAGACAAAAUAUACAAAUUUAUAAAUAUUAUAAAUAAAUAAUCGUAUUGAUUAUCGAUACGAUGGAUGAUUCAUC